CGCACCCUGCUGGACCCCGGCUCGGCCUUCCCGCCUGCGCCCCUGGCGGAGUCUCAGCAACUUCCUGGGGACCCUCUCGGUCUCCAACUCCAUAGGACCCUCGUGGAGGUGCGGGCGACGCCGGCUACCUCAGCGGCGCGCGCCCUGCGCAGUGCCCAGCAAGGCCCAGGCUGGGCAGCGCCUCCCGGCCCCUUCGGGAUGGCUGCCCCUCCCUUGGGAGCAGGCUGAGUGCCUUGGCCUUCACCUAGCCCUGGAGACUCCCCCACCACCGGAGCGCAGGGACAUGCGGUACCAGCUGGCUCCCCGGGACCCCUGUCUGACCACCAGGAUGGAGCUCAGACUGGCUACUGAUACCUUUGUGCUGGAGCUGCAGUGCCUCCAGGAUGGGGGCCCGGCGCCUGACACCCUCUCAGGAGGCAGUGGUGGGAGUGAGAGCCAGGAGGAUGAAGAGGCUCAGGAGGGAAGCGGCAGCCCACCCCAGCCGGUGACCUCAGCCCUGAUGGGGGCCAGUGGUACUGACGAGGGAGCCCGACUAGGACUACAGCAGGUGGAGCCACAGCCAGAGCUCCAGCGUCAGCCACCUCCAAUCCCCCUCGAGGGUCAGCAGCUAGAAUGGAGACAGCCACAGCAGCAGGUGCAGUUACAGCCGCUGCUACCACAGCCAGCAGAGCAACCAUGGCAACAGCAGCCACUCUUCCUACAGCCCCAAGAACAACAACUAUCGCAGUCACAGCAGGAGCCGUUGCAGCAGCAACAGCAAAUGCCCGAGCAGCAGGUGUUACAACCCCAGCAGGAGCCAGUAGAGCAACAGCUGCAGCAGCCCCCGCAGCAGGAACCACUGCGGCAGCAGUUACAGCAGCAGGUACUAGAGCCACAGGCAUCACAACCACAGCAGGGACCACGAGAGCUGCAGCAGCAGCUUGUGCCUGAACAGCAGCACCAACACCAAGCACAUGGACAGCAGCAGCCACUGUUACAGCCGCAGGGCCCAGUACAGCAGCAACAGUUAGAACAGCAGCAGCAACUGGAACAGCAGCAGCUACAGCAGCAGCAGGAUCAGCAGCUACAGCAGCAGCAGCAACAGCAGCAACAGCUAUUGCAACAGCAGCAGGACCAGCAGCUACAGCAGCAGCAACAGUUAGAGCAGCAGCAACAGCUAUUGCAACAGCAGCAGGAGCUAUUGCAGCAGGAACAGGACCAGCAGCUACAGCAGCAGUUAUUGCAGCAACAGCUACUUCAGCAGCAGCAGGCACAAUUACAGCAGCAGCAGCUAUUGCAGCAGCAGCCAGCACAACAGUUAUUGCAGCAACAGUUACAACAGCAGCAGCAGCAGCUAUUGCAGCAGCAACAGGUACAGUUACAGCAGCAGCAGCAGCUAUUGCAGCAGCAGCAGCCAGAACAACAGUUAUUGGAGCAACAGUUACAACAGCAGCAGCAGCAGCUGUUGCAGCAGCAACUAUUACAGCAGCAGGUACAGCUACAGCAGCAGCAACAGCUAUUGCAGCAGCAGCAGCAGUUACAGCAGCUGCAGCCUGCUGCUCCAGUGGAGCUGGAGGAGGAGGAGGAGGUGGAGCUGGAGCUCAUGCCAGUGGACCUGGGGCCAGAGCAGGAGCUGGAGCAGCAGCGGCAGCAGGAGCUGGAGCGGCAGCAGGAGUUGGAGCGGCAGGAGGAGCAGCGGCAGCUGCAACUUAAACUGCAGGAGCAGCUGAAGCAGCUGGAGCAGCAGCUGGAGCAGCAGCAGCAGCUGGAGCAGCAGGAGGUGCAGCUAGAGCUGACCCCUGUGGACCUGGGGGCGUCCACACAGGAGGUGCAGCUGGAGCUGACGCCAGUGCAGCCAGAGCUACAGCUGGAGCUGGUACCAGCCCCCGGGGGCGGUGGGGCGGCCAUGCCAGGGACACCAGCGGCUGUGGUCGUGGCGCCCCCGGGCUACGUGGUGGUGCAGGAGCUGAUGGUGCUGCCGGCUGUGGCCACGUCGGCCGUAGUGGCCAUCCCGGGCCCAGCGGGCAGCGCAGCCCUGACCCCAGCGCGGCAGCGGCGGCGGCGGCGGCCACGGGACAGGCCCACCAUCUGCGGCGAGUGCGGCAAGGGCUUCAGCCGCAGCACGGACUUGGUGCGCCACCAGGCCACGCACACGGGCGAGCGGCCGCACCGCUGCGGCGAGUGCGGCAAGGGCUUCUCCCAGCACUCGAACCUGGUGACGCACCAGCGCAUCCACACGGGCGAGAAGCCCUACGCCUGCUCCUACUGCGCCAAGCGCUUCAGCGAGAGCUCGGCGCUGGUGCAGCACCAGCGCACGCACACCGGCGAGCGGCCCUACGCCUGCGGCGACUGUGGCAAGCGCUUCAGCGUCUCCUCCAACCUGCUGCGCCACCGGCGCACCCACUCUGGGGAGCGGCCCUACGUCUGCGAGGACUGCGGCGAGCGCUUCCGGCACAAGGUGCAGAUCCGCCGCCACGAGCGGCAGCUGCACGGCGCAGGCCGCUCCCGGGGCCUGGGCCUGCUCCGCAGUGCGCGCCCCCCGGCCCCCGUGCCCCCGCGCCCCGCGCCGGCCACCGCGCCCGCUGACACAGCACCCUGAGGGAGCCCCCAGGACCCGGGGAGGGCGCAGAUGGAGACGGUCCCGAGUUUUAACUCCGCGGAGCCACCCUCCCCCCGUCCACCGGACCCACCACACUGCGUGACCACAUCGUGUAGUCUCUCGAAAUCCUGGAAUCUGGAAUCGUGCUCGAAAGAGCCUGCCAGCUGCUUGCCCAUUAGGCAAGAAGCACCGCAGAGCCAUUGGUUACCAUGGGCCCCGGCAACCACCAGCCGGUGGAGAGCCGAUUGGGCGAAACCCCACUGGUUCGCAAUGGGUUCCGGAGGCCUGGGGGACAUUGGUACUGACCAGAAAAUCCAGUCACUGAGAACGCGCCCUGUGGCGCUGGGAUAAUUGGUGGCACCAGAUAUGGGAGCGAUUUUUAAACAGCCGGUCAAAAAGAGGUCGUGCUCUUUCUCAAGUUUACGAGAAAGGGUGGAGCCUCGUGCAAACUGACAUAAGGAUUAAAAAAAAAAACGAAAACGGGGAAGACAGAAACACGGAGUCAGCACUGUCUAGAAAAGUGACCAAGGUAUUGUGUCAAACCUCAGCGGCAUCUGCCUGGGAAACGUUUUUCUGGAAAGAAAGCUUAUCGGGGUGGAUGCCACUCUAAAUAAACACUUGUGUUCGAAAACACGGGGCAGAACACCUGCUGGGUCAACAGGGGAAGGGCCAGGAGGGCCCACUCUGGGUCAAAGCUUCUAGAAGCUUGGAGGCCAGGCUGGACCUGCCAUGUUCCCAUACCCAGUGUCUCUUUCGUGUUCUACUGAGUAAAAACCUAUGGCUGAAGCAGAGAGCAUUCUGGGAGCGCUGUCCAUGGUCUGAAGGAGCCUCCAAGCCUGCCCUGCCCUGACUAAAACCAUCUCUAAAUGUCUCUGACACUGACCAGGGGCUGAGGCUGUGCGGUUGGGGCUCAGGGAUAGAAUAGGGGUGAAAGGGGAACAUUAGGAACAAGGACUGGGGCCCAUCAGAGAUGAUCUUGGUUCCGAAGUCCUGGGGUGGGUGGGGGAGAGCAGCUGCCCUUGUCAAUGUGAUGCCUCCCAUUGGACGAGAUGAAGGCAGGGCAGGACAGCAGGGUGGUGCCUGCCCUCCCUGGCCCCAAGCAGUUCCUCCUCUGCUACCUGGCUUUCCACCUGUGGCUGCUCCAGACCUGCUCCACCCUCCCCUCUCUCCUCCAUCUCCCUGUUGCUCCUAACGCCAGUUACAUUUUACAAAUGUGUUGGUGAGACUCAAACAAGGAAAAAUAAAGAAAAAUAACUCCA